GAACUUGGCUGACAGCAGAGUGACAGAGAGAGACGUUUUUGACAACACUGCAUUUGUUGUGAAGUGUGGCGGUGUGGCUCUUGCAGCUUCCUUUAAUUUUUCGACACAUUUGGGCGUGGUUUUCGCUGAGAUUGGCUCUAGUGAUGUAAUUCUUUGUUUUACGGCUGCCCUUCGCUCAACGCUGCUCAUUUCAACUGGAAGUCGGCUGAGAGACAUUGUAACCUCAAAGUGACUUAGUUCGACACUAUUUUAGGGCAGUAUGGAUCCACAAUUGGAAUUUCACAAUGCCCCCAGCGGCUCCAUGCAAAAUGCUGCGUUGUUGGAUAUUGAUUCUGACUCCGACAUGGACCCAGGCAAGACGAAACUGACUGACAACCCUCUAGAGGACAGCACCGACCAGUCUACCAAGAAAACAUCAUUUUGGUCCCUCGGCUUUUUCCAAAAUCUAUUUGAUGUAGAUACUGAUCAAGUAUAUGAUCGCCUUUAUGGAGCCUUAGUUCCUUUUCCCAAGAGUUUCCUACAACAUCAUGUAAAUGGAAAGCCAGAUUUGUACGGACCGUUCUGGAUUUGCACAACUUUAGUUUUUUCUAUCGCAAUUAGUGGAAAUCUUGCAAAUUAUCUUCAAGCUGGAGCAGCUAAUGAAAACUAUCAUUGGAAAUAUGAUUUCCAUGCAGUGACACUUUCAGCAACUGCCAUAUACAGCUAUGCGUGGAUUGUCCCCCUCGGCCUGUGGGCAGUUUUCAAAUGGAUGGUCCCAGAAGAGCAUCGACUGUCAUUCUUGGAAUUGCUGUGUGUCUAUGGCUAUUCCUUGACCAUCUACAUUCCUGUUUCUGUACUCUGGGUGAUUCAACUAUCGUGGCUCCAAUGGCUUCUUGCCCUCGUUGGUACAGGGCUUUCAGCAACUGUUCUUGUGACCUCUGUAUGGCCUGCCAUUUCUCAGAUGGAGGCUCGCCGUUAUCUAGUUCUUGGUAUUAUAAUUGUACUUCAUACUGUUUUAGCAGCAGGCUUUAUGCUUUACUUUUUCCAUGCUUAUCCAGUUUUAAAUAAGAAAAAUGUAAGUCUAGUUCCUGAGGUGACCACCAUUCGGAAUGUGAUGACUAAUAAUGCUACCCAUUCGUAGCCAUAUGUUAUGGUAUCCUUUUAUGGUAUUGUUAUGUACAAGUCAUUCCUUUCACCGUAGUAAGGUUCUUUCCUGAUUUUAAAUUUUUCCUUGUUCCCUGUCAUUUUUCCGAAAUACAAAUGUUUAAUGUUCAAAUGGAA